UUCGAAUCCUAUUUCUAUACCAUGUUGACGAUAUGAUCGCGCAAUAAACGACAUUUAGCAGACAAAAAUUGCAACCAAACAUGAAGUGUGGCAGACCGGCAAUCUAUUAAGAUUCCAAGGCCAAAAAAAGAAGAAGAAGAAGAAGCAGACAAAAAUUAAACCGCAGUUCAAAGGUUAUGUUUUGACAUCUUCUGUCUGCUACUUAGCAAUGCUUUGCAUUUUCAAAACAAUCAUUAUUCGGAAACGAAUAGAUCAUGUCGGGGCUCAAUUUGAUUCAAGAAUAUUCGUCGGACUCGGAUGACAAUGACGAAACCGAAUAUAAAAAUAAUCAAAACCCUUGUGUAAAGUUGGAGGAAAAAAUAAAUAAAUUACCCUUGCCAGAAUCGAUAUCAUCUUGGAAAGGAGCUGCAGUGCAUCAUGAAGAAGUCAUUGAUAAUCCCCUGGAACAUGACGGACGAAGCAGAUCCUUCAAGCAUGAAAGAGGAAAUUGGGCUACUCUAGUUUAUAUUGAUUAUAUACCAACUGCUGAAAUGAUAAAAUGGAUGAAAAGUACUUUAAAUCAAUCAUUCGAAACAGGUAAUUUAUUUGAGGAGUUUCAUGUAAGUCUAACUCGAACAUUGAUACUAAAGUUUCAUUGGAUUGAUUCCUUUGUGGAGGCUGUGAAAAGUAUAGUUGAUAGUCAAAAGUCAUUUUUUAUGGAGCUAAAUAGUAUUGAAAUCUAUUCUAAUGAAGAGAAAACAAGGACGUUCAUGGGCAUAGCUGUUCAAAGCGAAGAUGAUAAUCUUCUAAAAUUAACUCAGUCAUUAGAUAAAGUUGCUGAUGAAUACCAACUACCACUAUUUUAUGAGAACCCUUCAUAUCACAUAAGUUUUGCAUGGGGUCUUGGAGAUCAAAGAAAUGUACUGGAAGCUCAAAAAUCUUUCUUAACAACAAAACUAUAUGAUUUCUUCCAAGAACAUCCUGAAGAAAGAUAUCUAGAAAUCGAUUGCAUUAAAUGUAAAGUAGGAAACAAAUUAUUUAAAUUUAAAUUACAUUAACGAUAUCACAUAAGUACAAAAAAUUAAAAGAGUAUGAAAAA